UCACAGAGCAAGUAAUGUGCCCUUUGGCCCUAAUAAACAUUAUAUAAGUAAUGGCUUACUUCAUUUAUUAGGUAAUGUCAAUCUCGUGAUUUUCGUUUAUCCUUCGAGGUUGUACAGGUGAAUUUGUAAAAAGAACAUUUUUUUUUCAAUUUUGGCGGGAUUGCUGGCAUAUUGUUUUGUGGAUGUAAAACGGCGAACUGUCAGCUGUCGUCGCCUGGCCUCCUCGACGCCGUCCCUGGACGUGCAUGUUUCAAGGGUAUUUUUCAGCAAAAUUAACAGUGCAUUAGUGAAAUUUCAUGUGUGGUAUGAUCCAUGUGGAGAUGUGAUAAUGCGUCGUGGAUAGAUGCGGAUAUGGAUGGCAUGCGAUCGUGCUCAAAUUACGAGGCCGGUUUUGACGCGUGUGAUCCGUUGGAGUCAGUGUUUGAGUGGUCAGGGCGAGGCCCAGCGAGGGUGUUGAGGCGGCGGUGCCGCAGUGAGGGCAUCGAAAGAUCCCCUCACGAGGAUGCAGUGCGCGAUACGUGUCGAUCUGCCGAUAUCACCCAUCGCCACCGCGUUCUACCAAACAAGAGUCACUUUACGAUAAACAACAGUCACGAUUAUCGAAUCGAUAGAUUCCAUUACGAAUGCACAUUGCCUGCGGCUGAAAACGGAGACUACGUAAUGGCUCACGAUUACGGUCGUCAUCAUGGGUCUCAACAAGGAAGGUCAACAUUUCAUAGAACAAGCCCUACAAGACCUAUAGUUGUAACAACACUGUCCAACUCAAAAAUUGAAGAUAGCCGUUUACCCAAAGUUGAAGAGUUGUUUGAAAAAGUAGACCAGGAAAUGAUGGAAGUUCAAAUGGCAAAGCAACCUUUGAAGUCAAUACUUAACAAUCCUUUACCAAAAUCUCCUCCACAGGGUAUAUUGAAGAAGCCAAAAAACAGAGUAUAUCAAGACAAUAAGUCAGUAGAGGGCCGAAGGCGACAGCGAGCUUCUAGUGAAUCUGAUAAUUUUUAUUGUAGUUUUCAUAUAAGUUCACCCAUGCCUGGAUAUGAUAGCCAAAUGUCAUAUUUGACCAGCAACAUGAAGCGUGCGAAAGACAAUUCAGGCACAGGAUACUCUUAUGGAUCUGCAGUUGCUGCUCUUAGUUCAGUUCCAACCAAUAAAAGCAUAAAUUAUAACAAAGGUGUGAGGUGUUCAUGCAAGGACCAAGUUAUAGUGACGCCAACGGACGAUGUGUACAAAAUGCAUGUGUUAAGGACUACAGCAAUAAACAGUGAUACAGUGGAUGAUAUAACUGUUGUUCCUACGCCCCGCCAGGACACGCCCACGCGGCCCGCGGUGAGCCCCGCUCUGCCCGUGAGUUCCGUCACCGCGAUACCGGCGAAAAAGCCCUCCAAAAGUAAAAAGAAGGCGAAAACGAAAAAGAUGCGCUCCAAUAGUAAAGUCGACUGCCAUAUCAUUGAGGGGGAGGAAGACUCACACAGCCGGUCCCCAUCACCAGACGCAGUCACGGACUCAUGGCAAAUGGACACAGACAUUACAGACAUAGAGAAACUAGAGAAGCCCCCGCCCAACGGCACGAAGAAUGUUCUAGAUCAGAACUCGGUCACGAAGAUCACAAAUAAACUCAAUGGGACUGUUAUGUCGCCGAAGAAAUGUUUGUCCAGAGAAAAGACGAGCCAAGAUCAAUUGUUUCUAACAGCAUUGCACACAACUAAUCCUUUCAAAGCACUGCCGUCACGCAAAGAUUCACCACUCAACCUCCCAGAAACUCUAGGCAAUUGUCUUCGCCCAUCCCUGUUUCCACGAGUACCGCCAUAUUUAAAGUUCAUAGCCCACGACGAUACGGUACCGUUGAAAGUUCCCGCGGCUAUACAAAAACAUUUAAAAUGGAAGCUCACUACAAUCACACCGAUAGUUGUUAAGAAGACGUUGAUGAAUUCUGGCUUCCGAUUGGUCAAGAGCGAGUGUGAUACGGCUGAAUGUCCGCAGGAAGAAACAGUAGAAUGGGUCGGUAUUUGGGGUAAGCACAUGAAAUCGUUAAUGUUUAGAGCAAUUAAAGACGGUCAGAAAAUGAACCACUUCCCCGGCACCUUCCAAAUAGGCAGAAAAGAUAGAUUGUGGAGGAAUUUACAGAAAUUAUCAAAUAAAUUUGGCAUUGAUGAAUUCGGUAUAAUGCCCAAAACGUAUGUGCUGCCUCACGAUUUGAAGCUAUUGAAACACGACUGGGAGAAAUACGCGGCAAAUAACGAAAGGUGGAUUAUUAAACCGCCUGCGUCAGCCAGAGGCACAGGUAUAAAGGUAGUGUCACGCUGGGCGCAAAUACCCAAGAAACGACCCGUUGUAGUCCAGCGCUAUGUGUCCAAGCCUUACCUGAUCAAUGGUAGCAAGUUCGAUUUGCGGUUGUACGUGCUAGUCACGUCUGUACAUCCGCUUAGAAUAUAUUUGUAUAAGGACGGCCUCGCGAGGUUUGCUUCAGUAAAGUACAAUUACGAAUUAACAUCACUCAACGAUAGAUACAUGCAUUUAACAAAUUACUCAAUAAAUAGAUUGUCCAAAAACUACACGCCCAAUGAGGACUUUGCGGCUUGCGAAGGACAUAAAUGGACGCUCCAAACGUUGUUCCAAUACCUAAAGACUGAUAAGAACGUAGACACGGACGCGCUAUGGGCAUCCAUAAAGGAUCUAGUAAUAAAAACUAUUAUAUCGGGCGAGGCCAGUAUUAGUUCUCUAACGAAGGCCAAUAUAACAUCUAGGUAUAAUUGUUAUGAAUUGUUCGGUAUUGAUGUGCUGCUCGAUGAGGAUUUGAAACCUUGGUUGUUGGAGGUAAACAUCUCACCCAGUUUGCACAGUGCAUCUCCACUGGACAUUCACGUGAAAGGCCCCUUAGUUUCCACAGUACUCAACAUAGCACAGUUUCAAGUGCCCGUUAAAACUAAUAUAGAAAUGCUGUCCAAGGAUAAACCUCAUAAAAUGGCCGGUUUACCAUACGACAGCAGAUUGUACACGGUAUAUUUAUCAAAGGAAGAAAGAGAUAAACAUAUUAUUUAUACAAAUAUGGAAGAUCGUGAUAUGUACCUCCGAGACAUUCUAUCAACCCUCACACCGGACGACGUGCGUCACCUCAUACAAGCGGAAGACGAGUUAACACAAACGGGCGAUAUGGAAAGAGUGUUCCCUACAAAGGAUUCACAUAAAUACUUGGGCUAUUUGGCCGGCCCUAGGUAUUAUAACCGGCUCUUUGACGCCUGGGAGACGAGAUAUGCUGAUAAUCGAGAUCCUGGGCUGGAGCUGCUCCGCAACCUGUGCGACAUCGGCUACCACCUGGAGGUGCCGCCCGUGCCACUGAAGUGCGCGGCGGCUGAGCUGAGCGCGUUGGAUUGCAGAAUGACGUCGACGCGCCGUCGCCCGCGCCCUCGCUGCCCUCCCGCGGCUCGCUGGCCUCAGUGCCGGGCCGCGCGUGCUCCGAGGUGGUCGUGCCGUGCGCGCCUCUCCCGCAGCUCCCGCCCCUCCCGCCCGCACGCGCGUGACACAGACCUCAAUAUGAAUAAGAAGAACGAUAAUGUUGAAGAUGUGCCUGAGCAAAGGGAAUGUUCCAGUGAUUCUUGAAUAUGCAACGCAGUCCAGUUAUUCUACGAUAAGAAAUCUAAUAUAAAGAUAAAGAACGACCAGGAUUGCAAACAAAUACCAUAGUAGACCACCACAAGCAUAAUUAUACAUAAAGUCGACUAAUAACUGAACUACAUAUGCAGUGCAGUAAUUAUCCCAGCUUAAUACAAGACAAAUGUUUAACUACCCACUUUAAAGUCUAAUGAUGACCCCAGAUGCUUAAUUAAUAUAGUAUAGUAACACAAUGAUACUCCAGAUGAUCUUCCUGUAUGAUGUAUUCCUAUAACUGAAAACCGUAUUUGAGCAGCGAUAACGCAACGAAAAAGAAAGAUCUUCAGCCUUCGCAACCAAUAAGAAGAAUGUUCUAGAAGGAUUUGAUUCUGAUAUCGGUCUCGCUCAACGUUGCCGUAGCAUACGCAAGCCAGGAGAUGGAUAACUUCAAUCCCAGCAUACUCCAUUCGCUUUUAUUUUAAUGCAUGUUUUUAGAAACUUCUAGUUUUACUACAAUGUUUUAUUUGGUUUAAUGUCGGAUAAUGUUGACUAUUGUAUACCACGUUUGAACUAGAACGCAUGACAUGAAAACUUUGAGUUCUUAGUUUGAAAAGUUAAAUAGAGAUUUGUCCUGCGUCCUAGUUCCUCUUAGCCAAGAGCUUAUGUAAGAUUGUUGUGAAAUUUUAAAAUAAAAGGUACUUGCAAAUUUCAAUCUAAAUGUAUAUUGACAUUCCCUAAUAAAAAUUAUAUGUUCAUCUUUAAAAUAAUAAAAAGUGUAAAAUCGAAAGAAAAAGACAAAAUUAGGGUAAAUUUAAGGUUUCCUAGCUUGAGUGUAACCCGAAAAAAAAUCUACGAAUGCUUAAAUUUAUUAGCGGUUUUACAGUCGAUAAAAAUUGGAAUGUCGAUAGUUAGGUAUAUGAGCACAAGUUGAUUUUCAUUGCUUAUAAUAAUUUGUUUAACGAUAUAGUCAAAGAAUAAUGUACCUUUUUGAAAAAUUGUUUUUAACUGUGCAAAGAUAAAUGAAAAAAUAUCCGUUGUUCCUAUUCUUGUUUAAUUAGUAGAGCGAAAAGUAGUAAACACAUUUUAGUGAACACACCCCUAUGGUUCGAAUAAAUGUGUAUGUAAUAAGUUCGACCACUGCAAAUAACUAGUUAAGAAAAAGAAUAAAUAAAUUUUGCUAUAAAUUGAUUAUGAAGUAAAUAUAAAAUAAUAAUAUUUAAAAAAAAACUAAAAAACACGCUUUUUAUAGAAAACCGA